CAAUUUCAACUUUAAGAAAAUAUCCGACCUAACUCAGAACUUUAAAAUGAAAAUCAAUUCUCUAAAAUCGAAUCGCAUCUCAAUCCGAUGGAUUCGAGUAAAUUUACCCUCUUUGUUCUGAUCCAUGUCGAAUGAGAUAAGCUCGUAGAGAAAAUCAAUAAUUAUUAGCUUAAUUAUUAUCCUAAACUUGCUCAAUCAAACUAAAUUGAGGGCAAAAUGGCCAAUUGUUGGGAGUUGGGACCAUAAGAAAAGCCCACUGCAAUUUUCAACAAGUGGAUGUCGUCGUCUUUCUUCAAAAUUGCUUAGUUUUAAUCGAGUUUUCGAUUUCAUUAUUUGCGAGCAAAGCACGCUGCAAAAGCACACUCUCUUUUAUUGCAAUCUUAAAUUUUCUUUAGAAAAUGGGGCAAGCUAUUGGGUGUAUUCAAGUGGAGCAGUCAACUGUAGCUAUAACAGAAACCUUUGGGAAGUUUGAUGAUGUGCUUGAACCUGGUUGUCAUUGUUUGCCUUGGUGUUUGGGAAAACAGGCGGCUGGUAUUCUCUCCUUGCGUGUGCAGCAACUGGAUGUUCGAUGUGAAACAAAAACCAAGGAUAAUGUGUUUGUUACUGUGGUUGCUUCUAUUCAGUACCGAGCCUUAGCAGAUAAGGCUCAAGAUGCUUUCUAUAAGCUCAGCAAUACCAGAGCCCAGAUCCAAUCCUAUGUCUUUGAUGUUAUUCGGGCAAGUGUUCCUAAGUUGGAGCUGGAUUCAGUAUUUGAGCAGAAGAAUGAUAUAGCUAAAGCUGUGGAAGAGGAACUUGAAAAGGCCAUGUCACAUUACGGAUUUGAGAUAGUUCAGACUCUUAUUGUGGAUAUUGAACCAGAUGAGCGUGUGAAGAGGGCAAUGAAUGAGAUAAAUGCUGCUGCUAGACUGAGGGUGGCUGCCAAUGAGAAGGCUGAAGCAGAGAAGAUAUUGCAGAUCAAGCGAGCAGAAGGAGAUGCUGAGUCAAAGUAUCUAGCUGGGCUCGGUGUAGCUCGGCAGCGUCAGGCUAUUGUAGAUGGACUUAGGGACAGUGUGCUGGCCUUCUCUGAGAAUGUACCUGGGACAACAUCAAGGGAUGUCAUGGACAUGGUCCUUGUGACACAAUACUUUGACACAAUAAAAGAGAUCGGCGCGUCAUCAAAGUCCAACUCUGUUUUCAUUCCACAUGGGCCAGGUGCUGUAAGAGACAUUGCUACUCAAAUCAGGGAUGGCCUUCUUCAAGCCAGAACCACUGAGUAGCCUCAAGUCCUUGCAUGGCAUUUUGGACAACCCAGCUAUCCAGCUUUAUCAACCCAGCAUCUGCUGGAUGUAAAACGCUUCCUGGUAUAAUAUAUUCUUAAUCAUUCUACUUAAUAACAGGAGUGAUAAUUGAAGCUUGGCCAACGGUUAUCAUCCUUAUUAGACUUUAUUGUAAGUACGAAAAGAAUGGUAUUAGACUAGUAGUAUAUGCUUUUUAAUAAAUUGGGCGUUGAGCUUUGUUAUUGCACCUAAAGAAAACGACACAGACUGAUUUUAAAUGCGUAUAAAUUUUUUAUUUCUUA